CGAGAGCGACAUCCCUGACCUCCCCCCUUUGUACUCCCUGGGUGUCCACAUUUACAUCUCGACCACCUUUUGAUCCUUACGUCGACGUCCAUCGAACAAAACACCGUGUAACUUCGAAGCGUUUUGAACAUGGGCUCCUCGCAAUCGUACUUGACCAACCCUUCGCACUGGGCGACACCGGUGACCGAAGGAACUGCUGAAGCGGAUACUGGGAAGUGGAAGGAGUAUGACUAUGUCAUCGUCGGUGGAGGUACGGCCGGUUGUGUACUUGCGUCAAGGCUAUCGGAGGAUGCGGGCACUACGGUUCUGCUAAUUGAGGCGGGAAAUAGCCACGAGAAGGAGUACCUGACGCGUAUUCCUCUCGCGUGGCCGAAGUUGUUGAAGAGUCGUGUGGACUGGGAUUACGAGACGACGCCUCAGAAGCACGCGAAUGACCGCGUCCUACCUAUCCCGCGCGGAAAGGUCGUCGGUGGAACUAGCUCUAUCAAUGCGCUACUGUUCCAACAUUGUGCCCCUGAAGAUUUCGACGAGUGGGUAAAGCUUGGAGCAGAAGGAUGGUCAUACGAAGAGCUGAGGCCAUAUAUCCUCAAAUCCGAACAAUUCGCUCCCUCACCUCAACACCCUGGGAUCAAGGAAUCCGAUCAUGGCUCGAACGGAGUAUGGAAGACGGGAUAUGUUCAGCAGGCACCGAUUCACGAGCAUAUUUUAGAUGCGUGUGAGGAGGUUGGUGUUCCAAGGAUCCCAGAUCUGAAUACGUUGAAGGGCCCUCGUGGAGCGAGCACAUUCACGGAGUAUCUUGAUGGGAAAGGCGGACGCCACUCCCCGGCGAAAGCCUACCUCACGCCUUCCGUGGUUGCGCGACCCAACCUCACCAUCGCGGUCAACACCUACACCGAGAAGAUCAUCUUUUCCACCACCGAUAAAGACUCGGCGGCGGAGCCGAGAGCGGUUGGUGUACAAGUGUCGCAGACGAGGAACGGGCAAAAGUGGCGCGUAAAAGCAGGGAAGGAGGUGAUCGUUUGUUGUGGUGUGAUCGCUACCCCUCAACUUCUCCUUCUCUCCGGCCUCGGCCCUUCCUCGCAUCUUUCGUCCCUCUCUCCACCCAUCGCCACCAUCAAGGACCUCCCACAAGUCGGACUCAACUACUACGAUCACAUUUCUGCUGGGCCACUGAAUAUCAGAGCAAAGCCUGGAUACACGUUUGAUUAUCUGAACCAACCUUUCAGUGGAUUGAAGGCGAUGGUUAGGUGGGCAAUCUCGGGUACAGGACCAAUGGCGGCUUCGGCGGCUCCAGGGGCAGCAUUCCUCAGGAGCGACGAUGAAAGGAUUCCGUUUGACGGGAAGGCGAGCACGCCGCUGUCUAUUCGUGAUACCAGCUCUGGGCCAAAUGCACCCGAUAUCGAGAUACUUUGGUUUCCGGUUGUUGUCCUCGGUUUUGGUGUGCCACCUCCGAAGGGCGUACAUGGUGUUUCGAUCGGUGCAUUGGCACUCAAACCGGAAAGUUCUGGCAGCGUACGACUGAAGACAAGCAGUGUGUACGAUAAGCCUCUCAUCGACCCAAACUUCCUCUCCUCAGAAAAUGAUCUGAAUACUGUAGUCCGUGGCGUCCGAUUUGUCCUCCGACUUGCUCGUACCGAGCGCAUGAAGGGUAUCUUCGACUUGAAACCGCACGAAGAGGAUACGACGUCGUAUUUCUGGCCGGGAGAUGCUGACCCUGACAAGAUCACGGACGAGCAGAUCAAAGCAUUUGUGAGGAGAAACUGCGUCGCUGCAUUCCACCCGACGUCGAGCUGUAGGAUUUCUCGAACGCCCGAGACAGGUGCCGUUGACCCAACAUUACGUGUCCAUGGAGUCAAGGGUUUGAGGGUAUGUGACGCAAGUGUUUUCCCCACCCAAAUGAGCGGACAUCCAGUGGCGAUCGUAGUUGCUAUGGCGGAGAAGCUGGCGGAUAUGAUCAAGAGGGGGGAGUAGGCGAAGUAUCCUCGAUGCAAGUGUAUCUUCUAGGUGGUUCUCUUUUGUGUACGAUUAUUGACGUUCAUUCCACACUAACGAGCGUUGACUGUGAAUAU